CAAACACUUAACCUUCAGAUUGGUUGAUGAACUGACCCACCAAGUUAAUUGUUUAAUCAUCUUCGAAUCAACAAUUAAAUCCACUUUUAUCUUUCGGUGGUUUAUCAGUUCUUUCAAUAGAUGUCACUCCCUGAGAAUAUAAAAGAUUCAGAAACGAAUCCCAAUGAACAGUUUCAACUUGUAAUUCGUGACUUGUGGUUAAUUUUUUUCUUCUUCUUUUUGACAAUCAACUUUAUAUCUCGUUAGUUUUUCGAAAAAUAAACCACCAUGCCAACCAUAAUCAACGACAUUAAACUCGAUUUCAAGGAUGUUUUAUUUCGUCCAAAAAGGAGUACUCUCAAGAGUAGAGCAGAAGUCGAUCUUAAUCGAUCAAUGAAGUUUAAAAAUUCCAAUCAGGAAUAUUGUGGAGUACCAAUUAUCGCUGCAAACAUGGACACCAUUGGCACCUUCACCAUGGCUGUUGCUCUCAGUCAGCACAAUCUACUAACUGCAGUGCAUAAACAUUAUUCCGUUGAUGAAUGGAAACAAUUUGCGGAUCAACAUCCAGACGCAAUUAAGAAUGUAGCUGUAAGUUCUGGUAUCGGAGAAUCGGAUUUCACCAACCUGAGUGAUAUUCUUACAGCAGUGCCCUCAAUACCCUUCAUUUGCUUGGAUGUUGCGAAUGGUUAUUCAGAGUUUUUCGUCGAUUACGUUAAAAAGACACGAUCUGCUUUUCCCGAUCGAACCAUCAUGGCGGGUAAUGUGGUCACCGACGAGAUGGUCGAGGAAUUAAUUCUCGCUGGUGCUGAUAUCAUCAAGGUAGGAAUUGGUCCUGGUUCAGUUUGUACCACCAGGAAAAAGACUGGAGUGGGUUAUCCACAGUUAAGUGCCGUCAUUGAAUGUGCCGAUGCCGCCCAUGGACUUGGUGGUCACAUUAUUUCGGACGGUGGUUGUACAUGUCCAGGUGACGUCUGCAAAGCUUUUGGUGCGGGUGCUGAUUUCGUGAUGCUCGGUGGUAUGUUGUCAGGGCACACUGAGUGUGGAGGUGAAACUAUUGAAAGAAAUGGUAAAAAAUAUAAAAAAUUCUAUGGGAUGAGCUCAACUGCUAUGAACAAACACCAUGGUGGUGUAGCGGAGUAUCGGGCAUCAGAGGGCAAAACUGUUGAGGUUCCAUAUAGAGGAGAUGUCGACCAAACAAUCUUGGACAUUCUUGGUGGCCUGAGAUCGGCUUGUACUUACACUGGUUCAUCUAAACUCAAGGAGCUCUCCCGUCGAACUACCUUCAUAAGAGUGACACAACAAACAAACGAAAUUUUUCACCGAAUUGAAGUUGACAAUUAAACGGGCAUUUGAAUGAGCACCGAUUUAAUUAAUAUUUUGUCUCAAAAUCUCAAAUUAAAAUCCAAGUUGAAAAAUGUAAAAAAUCACAUUAAUUCACAAUUUGUCCAGAAAAUAUUAAACCUUUUCCAUCGAAAAAAUAUCAACACAGUUAAUAAACUCCAACCAGACCAAACAAUCAACAA